AUGCAGUUUUUUUCUAAGAUUUCAGAUUUCGAUAGACCAGAGACAAACCAAGGAGGGGAGACGUUCAUUCCCGAGGAAGUGUCUCUCGCAGGAAAAAAAUUGAAAGAAGGCACUCUACGUAGUGAUGAUCACCAGGGACUGUCGAACUCCAUCUCAAAAGACUGGAGGAAGCUUGGACGCCGGCUGGGUAUUCUCGAGGAAGACCUUGAUAACAUUGAUGAAAGGAGACGUGAUCUUUAUGAGAAGGCUUAUCAAAUGUUACGGUUGUGGAAGGAAAAAAACGCUUCGAAUGCCACGUAUCGUGCUCUGUGCCAAGCAUUGUGCCACGAGUGUUUAAAUCGAAGAGACUUAGCUGAAAGAUUUUGCUUUCGCUAAGUAUACUAUCCUCGGUAGAGGAAUAACUGAUAGUUAGGAAAUGGACUUCUUUCUCACCAUCGAAAGCUAUGUUUAUAACUUCGUGUAUGUAAUAAAGGGCUUUCAUUGACUUUACCAUGGUAAGCUGAAUUAUACACGCGCUUUGAUUACUUUUAAUCUAUUGAAGGAUUGAUGUAAAGAUGACGUCAUCAUUACAAAGAUAUGUUAUUUUAUUAUUGUAUGAUGUAUAUAUAUUCCAUGUUGCCGUGGGUCUGUACAGUAAAAGAUCAAAGAAAACGUCAAUAUGUGGUAAGAACAUCAAUGACAAACUCAGCUACCACAUUAUGACGUCAUCUGUCAUCUGUAAGUUAAACAGACGCACAGCGAGUGAUUAUAAUUAGAAUUAUACGGAUGUUUUUCCAUUUAUUUGUAGCCUCAAAUUUUUCAGUAUCAUUUGCCCAAUUUAAUUUUUGAGCUUGGAAUGUAAAUCAAUAACACUUAAAAAUAGAUGUUGUUUACUAUAAAACCUGUGUAAAACUUCACUGACAAAUUUAAUAGUGUAAACAUUUAUUACGCAAUGUAAAUAUACGUUAAAGAGUUUCGAACCAUAUGGAAAAACUCAGUUUUGCUGUGUAGUAAAAUUUGUUAGUUAGCGACAACCAUGGUUCAACGCAAGUGCAUGUAGUGGUGAAAGGUAGUAGGUAUAAUG